GAGCGACCGUGGUCGUCGCUGUCUUCGUCGUCCUGUGCUCCCAUCAGUCUCCCAUGGGCUGCCGUGUCGUGUGAGAGGUUCUCUUCGUCGUUUCAACAUGAUUGUCUAAACAGAUAAAUCGGCUUUAAUUUUAGUCAUAAUUAUCUCUCAAGAGACCCAAUCACAAUCUAUAAAAGAUGAGGGUCGUUGCGCUAGUUAGUGGUGGCAAGGAUUCUUGCUUCAAUAUGAUGCAAUGUGUAGCAGCUGGCCAUGAAAUUGUGGCUUUAGCGAAUUUGUAUCCUGUUGGAAAAGAUGAUUUAGACUCGUUCAUGUACCAAACGGUAGGCUAUCAGGGUGUUGAGUACAUUGCUAAGGCUAUGGGUUUGCCUAUGUAUCGUGAACCAACAUUUGGUAGAUCUAAAAUGCAAGAGAAAUAUUAUUGCCCUACAGAAAAUGAUGAAGUUGAGGAUCUUUUUAGACUUUUGAGCAAAGUAAAGGAGCGUGAAAAUAUAGAGGCUGUGUCAUCUGGUGCUAUUCUUAGUGAUUAUCAACGAAUUCGCGUAGAAAAUGUCUGCAGUCGUUUAGGUCUUAUUUCCAUAUCGUACUUAUGGAGACGGGAUCAGGAGCAGCUGUUAAUGGAGAUGAUACAGAGUUCUGUUAAUGCAGUAUUGAUUAAAGUUGCAGCCUUGGGUCUUGAGCCUAAGCAUUUGGGUAAAUCUAUAUCUGAAAUGCAAACCCAUCUUGUCAGGAUAAAAGAAAAGUAUGGAGUAAACAUAUGCGGAGAAGGUGGAGAAUAUGAAACUUUUACUUUAGAUUGUCCUUUAUUUGGAAAGAGCAUUGUAAUUGAUGAAUAUGAGAGCAUUGUACAUACAUGUGACGACAUAGCGCCUGUAGGAUACCUUAAUUUUACAAAAAUUCGUUUACAAGAGAAGAGUAACGGUAUGGAGAAAUUAAGCCUGGCGGAAAGGUUGAAAACAGUCUCGAUAAAAACAUCUCAAGAUUACAUUGCCGAAAUAGUUGGUCCGGUGCUGCACGAUGGCUGUAAUUUAUCAGAUGACGAAAAUGACGAGCACGAAUGCGGAAAUAAUAGUCUGAAGACAUCGAACUCCGGCCCAUUUAAUCCUCCAAGCCCAAUGGAGAUCUUGUACGAGGAAGAGGAUUACCCAGACACACCAGUUGUCAAUAGAAAUCAGAGAGGAUGGUUUUGGUUUGGUGGUAUCGCAGGGAAACGUCCGGACGUCACAUCCUCUGUAGAAGAGGCACUGGAAAAAUUAAGCACUUUAGUUGAGGACGAAAAUCUGCGAAUAUCUGAUAUCGUCGCGGUAACGUUAUACAUAAAAGACAUGUCUAGUUACAAGGCUAUAAACGAAGUGUACACUUCCUGGUUGGGCAAAAGAAAUCCACCGGUUCGUGUAUGCGUGGAAUGUCCCCUGAACGUACACAUAGUGCUGGACGCAACAGCAUACAAAGAAAACCAAGAGUACGGAGACAAGAAUGUUCAUAAACGACACACGAUGCAUGUUCAAAGUAUAAGUCACUGGGCACCUGCUAACAUUGGACCUUACUCCCAAGCUGUUCGUGUGGGCGAUAUUAUCUCGGUCGCCGGGCAAAUACCUUUGAUACCUGGUAAUAUGACUCUUUUGGAUUUGAACAUUAAACGGCAGUGCCGCUUAACGAUGAGGCACAUAGAUCGUAUUCUUAAGGCUAUGGACGCGAAUACACAUCUCAGAGACAUAGUGCAAGGCAUCUGUUUCCUGACGCACCCCAGUUACAUAGCAGACGCGAGGAAGGAAUGGGAGAAGAAAUCAAACAACGCCAUUGUAGAUUAUAUCGUUGUACCAAAUCUGCCGCGUGGUGCUCAGGUCGAGUGGUGCGUUUGGGCUCAUAGGGAUAAUAAGAGAUUUGAAUACGAGGAAACGGGAAGAUGCGUGGGUAAUUUUAAGGUAGCCAUUAGGCGUAGGUGGAAUUACGAAAAUACUGUUUCAGCGAUUGUUUGUUACAUGUGUACCCGUUCGUCCAAUUCAACCGGCAAUAUAGCUACAGAGGCGUGUCUGCCAUCCACAGAGCUGACUGCGAAUGAACUGGUGGAAGCGUUCGAGUAUGUCUUAUGCAAGCUCACAAAAGGCUCGCAAAGCGCGAAUCCAACGUGUAACCUGCGAAUAUUUUACAAGGUCGGCAGCUCACCGGGCCCGAACCUCGUCCACAGUGUGUUGUCGAAGUUUUCUACAGCGAAUCUAGUGAUUACUAUUGUACCGGCUACUCACUUACACAAUUUCAACACUUUCUUGUCUAUAUGCGGUAUUAGACACGAGUAAAUACUCAAAUUGUUUUUUACAUUGUCAAUUAUUCGUCAGGAUUGAAGCGCGCAUUUAGGAUAAAGUCGCACAGGGAUUUGAAUCUGAGAUAUUCUCGGCGAUUUGUUUCCGUCACUCGAACUGAUCGAAGCGGUAACUGAGAAAAAACGAGCAAAAUGCUGUUUUCUGUAAUAUAUAUUAUCAUUUGUUGAUUCAAAGAACGUUCGAUAUAUACUUUAUUUUAUUUAUAUUUUAGGAGAAUACAGACUAUAUAGUCUGUAUUCUUCUAAAAACACAAGAAACUUAAAAACAGAUUUUCAUGUUGCGAAGUUACGAUAGUCGAGAACUCAGUGGGAGAAAAAAUAACGAAUUUAAUACACGCUUUGGAAAUAUUGAGCGGUAUUUGGAUCAUUGUGCGAUAGAGAUUGGGAGCUUUUACGGCUUUAUCUUGUAGAAUACUUGAGAAAGUAUUAUAAAUGUAGCAUUGGUCGUGUGAACAAAGAAUUGAAAGAUCGACAUUUUGGACAUGUCCUUUUUAAAUCCACGACUCUGCCCACUACUCACCCUCGUCACAGUCACCGCUGUUCGAUUAGUUCGACGUGAUUGGAUUGCGACGAAGAAUGGUGAAAAAAAAAACAGCGUUACAACGGCACCAAAAUACGCACCAUUAAUUUUUCCUAUGUGCGCAUAAUAAGAAACUCGGUCGUGGUCGAAACGGCUCGCUGUUCUCGAUGCUAUUUCGCUUUAUGUAUCGGUAUCUGAGUAUUUACUCACGUUUCGUGCGUGAGUUGACGAUCUUGACGUGGCAGUAGCAGUAUUCCGUAUUGACAUGAUAUUUGUUAGUAAUUCUUUUAUCUUUAUAUUAGUUCAAAAAGAGAAAGAAAUAAAAAUGGCGAAAAUUUUAAAUGAUAUUAUGAGGCAAAGAAUCGAAAACCAAAAUUUCUACAGGAUUUGGUGACUAUCGAUUCUGGUUGCGUUUCUAUAAAAUCGUUAGUCUAUGUAUUACCCAUUGUAUUCUGUAGUAUAUCAUAUACUUCGGUGAUUUUAUCUGGAAUAAUAUAAUGACAAUGAUUUUAUCUAUAAUUAUAUCUAUGUAUCUAUAGAAUAUAUCUAUAAAUCACACUCUCACACAAUGUAUAACAGAACUGUAUCUAUCUACUGCUUCUCGUUUAAUUAUCAAGAGGAAUAUUUUUUGAUAUUCUGAAAUACCGGCAAAUAUUGUUGACAAGAAAGUACGGAAUACUUUUUACUGUUCGCUCGACACACUUCUCGAUAACAUAGUUACGUCGCUGUUCCUUUCAGCUGUACUCUAACUUUUCGUAAUUCUUCUCGUUUUCAUUCUGGGGAUUACACGUGUUUUUCAUAGAUACGUAGAAAGAAUUAGAAGUAGUGCAGCUGGAAAGAACGGACUCUUAUAUUAGCUUGUAUACCGACUACUAGUCAAUGGCGGGUCAAGUGCAAUUCUGAACUAUGAACCCGUCCUGUUAUAGUGCGUAAGUGCUCUUCAACAACGCGAUUGCACGUUAGUGAAAGAAUUCACGUACGUGCGCACGUCGUACGUAUGUACGACUCGUACUGCUGUUACGCUACGUUUCGUUUUGUUUUAUCUUUAUUUCUUUGCUCAAAGUAUGUUUUACUUUAACAAUGUUGUAAUCACGUGCGGAGGAGUGUUAUAAUUGUGUGUGUGACGUUUCUCCGAGCAAGUCGAAUCGCGCACGGUCACUUUAUUAGCAGCACUCGACGUUUAACAUGAAUUUUAAGAGAGAGAGACGAAAAGAAAGAGGAAAAGAACAGGGGAGGGAUGUAGAUGUACGUCGUAGAUGUGCGUCGAGAGGAAGAAAUUGAGAUGUAAUACGUGAGCGUUUAUAGCAAAACAUGUGCUUUUUAAUUACAAUACAAUGCAACACGAUAUACACAAGGAGUAUGCAUCACGUUCUUCCUCUUGACGAGGUUUUUCGUUCUCGCGAUUACGUCACUGGCAACCUACGAUCAUUGAUCGUGUAUCGCCGACCGAUUCUUGGCCGAGAGAGAAACAGCGUUGCGAUUUAUAGCAAAAAAAAAUAUAUAUAUAAAAAACAAGGGAAAAAUCUGCAAAAGCCACGUAUUUCACUUAGCGAGAUGCUGCGCGGCCACUCCGCACUCUUUGCGCGUAUGUCAUUGCUUUAAAGAGGUAUUCUGUAUAGGCGCGUUACAGUGCAAAUUAAUGAGACUACUUUGACACUGAUAUACAAGGUUGAUGCAACGACAUGCCAAAGUUUAUAUUUUGCAACAACUUGCUCAUUUUUUUAACGGUCGCAAUUGCCGUCGUUAUCCUGUGUGUACAUAAUGCAACAUAAUCUAACACGAUCUAAAUAUAUUAUAAUCGAUCUCCAGCGAAAAAAUUGAUUGACACGAAGAGAAAGAAAAAAAAAAAAGAGUGUAUCUCGCGUGCGUCUCGAAUGUGUGUGUGUGAAUGUAUGUAUGCGUGAAAGAGAAUGGAGCGCACUGUUCAAAAUGUGGAUACUGCGUUACGAUACGUAUGUAAAAACAGGGAAAAAAAGAAGAGAAUGUUUAUCCGCAUCUAACUCUCGCAACAAAAGCACUAAUCCGAGGAUUAUGUCGUAAAA